AAAAGCUCUCCACAAAGCGCCAGAACAGCGCAGAGUUGGGUGUUCCCGGCUCUUUGAGCGGAAAGGUAUCGCGGACUAUUGGAGAUGCCAUGCUCCUCACUCAGAGGCUGGGUGUUCAAUAUCUUUGGGUCGACGCGCUUUGCAUCUUGCAGGAUGACACCUCGGACAAGGCCACCCACCUUGCGUUCAUGGGCGAUAUUUGGGAGUCCGCCCUGGUAACGGUCAUUGCCGCAAGCGGCAGAGAUGCGUCCGCUGGGUUGCUAGGAGUUAACUUGCCGCGAGCUUUCCACCAGCGUUCCAUGAAGGUUCUAGAGCCUUCGGACUGCGCGCCGGCGUUAUUCGUCGUCACCAGCCAAAGUCAGAGGCCUGUCGGCCGAUCGUGUGUCGCUGAAACGAUUUGGACCACUCGAGGCUGGACGCUGCAGGAGAGGGCACUCUCGCGACGAACCCUGGCUUUUACGGAUGACGAAACUUUCUGGAGCUGCCAAUGCUGCACUUGGACAGAGGGAAUCGCCGCAGAGACGGACCCCAACCUUCUGGUCCCGGACUUGUGGUCUUUCCGCAAUGGCGAAGGCUUCAUAAACCCUGACAGCCAGCGGCGAUCUGGCUCGGGAGAUGAUGAGAUCGAUGCGUCGUGGGCGCAGUUCAGUUAUUUGAUAGGAGAGUACUCGACCAGGAACCUGACGGACCCUGGAGAUGCUUACGAUGCCUUCAGUUCCAUAAUCUACGCUUUUGAGAGAAAAAUGGGAUCUGCGUUCCUCUGGGCCCUUCCAGUCGCGAGGUUUGACCUUGGCCUCUGCUGGUUGAGGAGUUUGCAUAACGGACAAGCCAGACUCAAACGAAGGGAGAGUUUGACAACCUUGCCCAUGACAAGCUUGGACUGCAAGGUUCCGUUUCCGAGCUGGUCGCCCCUCAGAUGGAUUGGGAAAGUGGGAUUGAGGAUCGCGAACCAACACACAGAGUUAGGUCUCACACCAGAACCUAUGUACCAUGUUCUCCGGAACUGCCCUCUAAGAGUUGUCCGGGUGGCCAUGAUCAUCAGCAAUGACACCGAGAUCUCGCUACCACCACAUCCAGUUGCCGUUUUUACCGUCUCUGGCCCGGUGCAGAAAAACACAACCUACCAGGCACCCCCCUUCCACUUCGAGAUUUGGAAUGUUCAUAAGGGAAGCGACGGUCAGCAGCAACAGCCGGUAGGCCAUACGGACGUCUGCGUCCCGAGCGAUGCCGAUGACGGCACUUGCUCCGCCGGGGAGGGCGACUACGAGUUCGUUCUUCUGGCCACGAAUAGGCCCAUGUUUGGGGAUCACCCGGCCGAGAAGAUUGUGCUGCAGGUCAUGUGGAGGGCCGGCAUUGCAUAUCGCAUCAGCAUCGGGGAUAUCCUUGAGGAUGCCUGGAGCAAGGCGCAGCCGAAGAUGAAGCUUGUCGUGCUCGGCUAAGGGUUGAGUGGACUGUCGAGGUUCAUUUUAGUUCUGCUGUGGUUCGGGGCUCUCAUCCGUUUACGUCUGAUACUGGAAUUUAUGA